GUUCAGUUCUUAUAGGGGAGAAAAUUGCCAGUGCACCGCUUUGGAAGGUCAUUCGUAUCAAAAUGGCUGCAAUGUUGAAAAACGUGCGGCUUGCGGUCUCUGUGAAUCGGGUAUGCCUCAGAAGUCAGAUAUGUAAACUUACGACAGCUGCAUAUUCACACAAAUGUCAUCGAAGAAUAUCUCCAAAUUCCAACAUGCAGAGCAUCUUGUCUAACACGAAGGUGAAUAGUUUCCCCUUGCUCAGGACAUACGGCAAGAUUGGUCCUCCUCUUACAUUGAAACUCAUCGAGGACAGAAUAUUACUCACUCUCAAGCUCUAUGAUAAAAUUAGUCCAGAAAAGCUUGAACUUAGUUCACAUUUUAUGAAUGAUCUUGGACUUGACAGUUUGGAUCAUGUGGAGAUCGUUAUGGCUAUUGAAGAUGAAUUUGGUUUUGAAAUUCCUGAUAUUGAUUCUGAACGACUUCUAACCCCACAAGAUUUAAUUCGUUAUGUGGCAGACAAAGAGGAUAUUUAUGAUUGAACAAGUUAUUUCUAGACAAGAUAAAAGAAGCAUGUGGCUGUGUAGUGUACCAUCAGAACAGACAGAGACUUGUAUACCAGACCGAUCGUAGUGUUUCUCGUUGUUAAUGCGAUGGAUUUGUGUGGAUUUUAUUAUGAUCGCAGUAAAAGACUCAUAAUUAGUAUUGAAAGAUGAAUCUGAAAUGGAUGAAUGACAGAAUAAACGGGGGUCUAAUAACUUUUUCACUGUAAUGUGUGCAUAAGUUUAAUUAUGUAUUAAAUCUUUCAAGAGUA